AUGGGCGCUGCCGGCCACGCGGCCCUGGACGUCGCCGCCAACGCCAAGACGGUCACCAUGGGCAUGCGCUCCUCGCCGCCAACGAUCAUGGCUGCCUCGAGUGGCCGCGCCAUCGCACGAGCGCUCGCCGCGAUGCGCUGGUACCACGCGGUCUCUCUCGACACACUGCAUGAGGGCGUGGCCAUCCGCUGGCCUCUGGACGACGUCGCCGUCCAUGGGCAGGUACCGAUCCGCGUCCAUGUCGCGCCGUCGGACCGCCGCCUGGGGCGCGCCGGUAGCGACACGAUCUGCAAGGCGACCUACCGCGCGCUGCGGUCUUGCAUGUACAUGCGUGGUGAGCUGCCAGCGCGGCGCCGCGCUGAAGGACGCCUGCAGGACGUCGUCGUGCAUCGCGUCGCAUCGGCCAACGCGCUGCCUUCAAAGCUUCUCAAUGCUGUGGAAAAGGGCCACUUGGUUGAUGUCAUCUCCUAUCUCAGUGACGGCGUCGACAUCCACUGCACCAACUACAUUGGUGAUACACCAUUGCACUGCGCUGCUCAGUUUGGUCAUUUGGAGAUCGUUCGCCUUUUGCUUGCGGAAGGCGCUGUCAUCGACGCCAAAACAACAUCUGGUUGGACAUCAUUGCACUACGCUGCUUCCUAUGGUGCUUUGGAGAUCGUCCGCUUCUUGCUGGACGAAGGUGCGGCCUUCGACGCCAAAGACGACAUUGGUCGUACACCAUUGCACGAGGCUUCUGGGAUGGGUCAUUUGGAGAUCGUCCGCCUUUUGCUCGAGAAAGGCUCGGCCAUCGACGCCAAAUGCGAUAAUGGCUGGACACCAUUGCACUCUGCUGCUUGCCUUGGUCAAUUGGAGAUCGUCCGCUUUUUGCUGGAGGAAGGCGCAGUCGUCGACGGCAAAGACAACAAGAAUGGUUGGACACCAUUGCACUGGGCUGCUCGGAAUGGUUAUUUGGAGAUCGUCAUCUUCUUUUUAAAGAAGAACGCGGCCAUCGAUGCCGAAGACAACUUUUCUCGCACGCCACUGCACUGGGCGAGCCUCCGCGGUGACGAGACCCUUGUCAUGCACUUACUCAGCGUUGGAGCCAAUGUAUAUGCUCUCGAUGGGUUCAACAUGACGGCGCUGCAGUACGCCGAGCGCCAUGGCCAUCGCAGCGUUGCCGAGCUCCUCCAACAAGCGUCCCCUAAAUAA